AGGAGGAGAGUGUGGGGAGGAGGCUCUGCACCACCGAGAGAGAGGAGGGAGGGCGCGCAGUCCCAGCCCAGAGCUUCCAAACAGCCCGGCGGCCUCGCCUCGCGCCCCAGCCCAUCGGUCGGUCCAGCCGCCAGCGCCCGCACAUCUGUCUGUCUCUGGGCUUUCAUCGUGACCCCUUGGCCCACCGUGCCCUGUGAAAAUGUUGGUGCUUCUGGCUUUCAUCAUUGUCUUCCAUAUCACCUCUGCGGCCUUGCUUUUCAUCGCCACCCUCGACAAUGCCUGGUGGGUAGGGGAAGGCUUCUAUGCAGACGUCUGGAAAAUCUGCAUCAACAGCACAAAUUGUACAGAAAUCAGUGAUGCCUUUCUCGACUACUCCACGAUGCAGGCUGUCCAGGCCACCAUGAUCCUGUCCACCAUCCUGUGCUGCAUCGCCUUUCUGAUCUUCCUGCUCCAGCUCUUCCGCCUCAAGCAGGGAGAGAGAUUUGUUUUAACCUCCAUCAUUCAGCUCCUGUCAUGCUUGUCCGUCGUGAUUGCAGCUUCCAUUUACACAGACCGACGCCAAGAACUUCACAGCCAAAACCAGAAUUUCUAUGCCCUGACCUCGGAAGGCACGUACGGCUACUCCUUCAUCCUGGCGUGGGUGGCCUUCGCGUUCACCUUCAUCAGCGGCCUCAUGUACCUGAUACUGAGGAAGCGCAAAUAGACACCAGGAGCUCGGCCGCUUUCGCCGCAGUACAGAAUCCACAUUCAGAUAACCGUUUUGUAUAUAAUCAUUUUUUUUUGUUUGUGGUUUUUCUCGCAAACAUAUUGUUUCCUUUAAAAGCCAAAAAAAAAAGGAGAAGAGUUUUUGCAUUCUUGAGAUCAGAGAACAGACUAUGAAGGUUGGGAUUCAGAACCCCUCCGCCCAUCCGAAAGUCUCAAACAAGACAAAGCCAAAAGUCCAGCAACGCUCAAAUCCAAAAAAUGUUCUGCAGGAUGUUGCUUAACCACCAGGAUGUGAUGUGAUGACUAGAGACCGAGAAAGCCGGGUCUGGGGGGACACCUUCCCCUAGGUUUAGGCCACGCCAAGCCCCCCUCCAGUCAGCUUCCCUCCCCGAAUCUCUCGGUGUUAGUGAUGGAAGGUGGGGCGAGGGGGGGCAGGUGAGGGGUGAAAGCUCCUCAGGUGUUCAGCCAAGUUCCGAGCAAGAAGCAGGUGUGGCCUCUGGUAUUCCGUCUAUAUCCAGACCAGAGCCCUCACCCUCCCGUAAUGGACAGGGUGCAGAAAGUGUCACCCAGAUUGGCAGACAACGUCGCCUGCUUGCUGCCUUAGGGAGGGUGAUCUUUAACCUGGGGGUCAGAUGUGGGCUUCCCCUGACACAGAGCAUCUCAACCUGUGGUCCCCAGCGCUGCUUGUAAGAUGCAGACUAUCGGUUCCCCCUCAGACCUACGGAAUCGGAGUCUUCAGGAGUGGGGCCUGGCAGCCUGCAUUCCUAACAAGCUCCUUGGUGAGGCUUACAACGUGCCUUAAAGUUGGGGACCACAGCCCCAGGGUCCGGGGAGCAGAGCUGCCUCACAUAUGUUAAAGAUGUCCUCAUGACAAAGGUGGGGGGGUGGGCGUAGAACCCACUGCAGGCCAAAGCCCUGGCCUCCAUCAGCUCUGGAUCCAACAACGUCUCCCACAGCUGCAUACAUCUGGACCAGCCAGACUCCAGUCGCAGCCACGCACCCCGACAGCCAGCCACCCUGGUGGGGCAGGCCCUUUUUCACUCUAAGUCAGAACGCCUCUGCCUUCUCUUCCUACCCUGCCCUCUAAGCUGGCUGGCCUCUACUAACCCCAUGUCUAGAGCCUCCAGGGGACCCAUCCACCAUUCAUUCAUUCAUUCAUUCAUCCAUCCAUCCAUUCAUUCAUUCAUCCAUCCAUUCAUUCAUUCAUCAGCAUAAGUUACAAAAUGCUAUGUGUGCCAGGCACAGUGAUACCAUGUUGAGAUAAUCUCUCUCCUUAUGGGGCUCAUUGUCUAAUCGAGGAGAUGGAUUAAAAACCAAUUAGGAAAACUAAUUACAAACUGUGUUGAAGGCUGCAAAGAACGCAACCAAGAAUUGAAAAGGGAGGCCCGUGGGGGUGGAGGGGACUGGCUGCACACCUGCCUACCCUUAAAUGUUCCUGGAGGCACUGAGAUCAGCCUAAAUAUCGCUCGCACAGCCCGUGCAGAUGGCAUGUACUGGGCAGUGUCAUCUGUUCCACCCAGAGAACAUUUACUUCUGUGGAGCGUCUUCAGGGUUCUGACAGCCAGUGAAGCAGUGAGAGGGACCCGGAUUACCACGGUUCUCAGACUUCAGUGGGCACAGGUGUCACUUGGGAGAGUCUGCCAUGCCAGGGCCGGGGUGAGCGAGUGCUGCAGAUCUUCCUGAGACUACACUGAGAAACAGGGCUUUGGGGAGUUUGUCUUUAGGUGUAAAAGCACCAUGCGGGGUGUGGCAAUGCAGGUGACCCCGGGGAAAUGCCGUUGGAGGAAGCUCUGUGCCUCAGUGCCUUUUUCCUCUGCUGUUUCGAGCACACUGCUGGGGAGGUGUGCCUGGGCCCGUGUGAGACCUGCCUUUCACGUCUUAGCGUGGGUGCUACUUAAAUGCUUCUGCACUUGACCUGCUAAGUGGCGUGAUUUGCCAUCGGCCCAGUCCCCAUGGAGCUGGAGAGGCAUCUGUUUUGAGUAGUUUUUGGGCCAUCACGGACUCCUCUUUAGUUCAGGACUGGGUGAUCUGUCCAUCUACUCAUUCUUUCAUUGAUUCAUUGCUUGUUCAUUUUCAGCAGAGUACUCCACGCUUACUAUGUUCCAGGCACUGUGGAAGGCUCUGAAAACAGGGGUGAGCAAACCCAGACACCCUCUCUGAGACAGGAUAUCCUCCCCACGGAGAGGCCACCAGCACAGUGCAGGGUGACAUCAGGCCAGUGACGGGAUAGAUUGCCACCUUGUGCCAUGAUGGAAAACUGCCACUAGACAUGUGAUAGGUAGGAGUGUGGGUCACAGCCCUGCGGGUUGCAGCAUGCUAUGCCAGCCUCUGGAGGAAGGUGGGUCUAAAGUGCCCUAAGCUUUCUACCCAGGUGGCUUUCUCUAUAGUUUCCUGGUGGCCACAAUGGAAGCAAACAACCCUCAGAACCAGAAAUCUGGUAAGCCUGAUCCCCAAGCCGUGCAUGAAUUUCCUUCCCCCAAAACUUCAGGGGUGUAUGAGACUCUGAAAGGACCCCACGGGUUUUCCUGGCUGGUUGCCACUACCGUAUAACAUUCAGUGCCCACAUCCCUCUGCGAUGCCAAGGUUUUGUGACACACGAGAGCUGCCUUUCCCCGCGGGGUGACGCGCACUGGGGAGGUAGGAAACGUGAUGGCGUGAGAGAGAAAAUACUCAAACUUCUUACCUGUAAGCAGAAUCCGCCGUCACUCGGUGCUUACUGUCAGUUAUUCGAGAACUACAACAGAGGAAAGUAUCCGAGACAUCCAAGAAGCAAAUAUUUAUUAGGACCAAAUCUGUUAUGUAACAACUGUGUUGGAAGGAACUGUAGUUUGCGCAUUUUAGGACAUUUUUAAUAAAGUACUGUAAUUCUUUCGUUGAGGGGCUCUGGAUGGAGACAGACUAACUCGUUUUGUUAUUUGCAUUAAAAUUACUUGGGAUCUCUGUUCAAA